AUGUUCUGUCGCGUGCUUGAUGAUAGUGAUGCUUGGACAAAGAAGAAGAAAGGGCGUGCCAAUUCGUCUUUGACAGUGACUGGAGAGGAGGCAGAUGAGUCUACUGUAGAUGAUGCUUCUCCUGUUGCUGAAGGUUCAGAUGAUACAUCUCCCACAUGCCAUGCAUCCACCUCCAUUCCUGACUCUUUAACGCCAGAACAAAGAAUAAUUUAUGAAAAUCCGCGAACAGGCAUCUUUCGAUUAAAGAAAAUGUUGGCUACUCGAUGGCUCAAUGAUCUUCGACAGCAAAAUAAUCGAUCUAAUAAUUUCAAUGAGAAAUAUAAGGAUAUGCUGCUACUAACGGGAAAUUACUCUUUAUGUCGACCGGGCGAUAGUAAACAAAGGGAAGGUUCCACUGCAGAUGCGACUUGCAAAAAGGAGGAAAUGGAGAACGAGUUGGCAAUCAACGGAGACGCUGAAUCGGAAGAUGAAAGUGGUCUUAUUUGCGCAGAAAUGAAGGGACUCUGGAAAGAACACAGCGAAGAG